CAAGUCAUAAAUCAGUGUAGGUCCUUUAUGAAUAAGUACCAGUGAAGUUAGCAGCAGGAUAUGCUGUAUUAGUAAUGCUUUAAAUAUUGCCGCAAAACACCAAGGAGUUAAUCACGUGGUUUUGUGCUUAUCUAAAAUAACAGAAUUUAUUUUCCAACCAGUUACUCAGUUCACUUGUUAAGGCAAAAAGCUUGGUAACUUCUUUGACAAUACAAUUAAAAAUUAUUCUAAAUCAACAACCAUGGAAAUUUGUACUGGCAGAAAGAUGCUUUGUGUGGUAAAAUUGCAUUAAACUAGAGGUUUAAUUAUUCUGAUUAGAGGUAAGACAUUUUGCUCUUUGCGCUACUCGUUAAAAUAAAUACCCUAGUAGAAUUUCAGUGUAGCUUAGUCUUUCACUGUUCAUGCACCUACUGUAGCUAUUGGAAAUCUGAGUAAUGUUAUGUUGGUAUAUUAUAAUCUUUUUUCUUUUUUUUCCUAAAGCUGAAUUACAGAUUGCUGAAGCUGUUGCUCUUGUAGAUACCCUUCAGAACUGGACGGUUUUAGAUAAAAUAAUUAUUCCUACAAAAAAUCCUGACAAGAAGUUUAUUUUUGGCAAAGGAAACUUUCAGGUUUUGACAGAAAAGAUUAAAAAAUUGCACCAUGUGACAGCUGUCUUCUUGAAUGUGGAAAGAAUAUCUUCACUAACAAAGAAAGAACUAGAAGAUGCCUGGGGCGUGAAAGUCUUUGACAGAUACACAGUUGUACUUCACAUUUUUCGUUGUAAUGCCCGGACGAGAGAAGCAAAACUUCAGAUAGCGCUGGCUGAAAUUCCACUUCUCAGGUCAAAUCUGAAAAAUGAGGUGUCUCAGCUAGAUCAGCAGAGAGGUGGAUCAAGAUACAUCAUGGGCUCAGGUGAAACAUUCAUGGAGACACAGAUUCGUAUCUUGAAAGAAAAAGAACUUAAGAUUAGGAAUGCCCUGGAGAAACUAAGAAGAAAAAGGUCUUUGCUUAGAACUCAGCGCAGAAAACGCGAGUUUCCAAUUAUCUCAGUAAUGGGCUAUACUAAUUGUGGAAAAACUACCUUGAUCAAAGCUUUGACUGGAGAAGCAGGACUUCAACCCAGAGAUCAGCUGUUUGCCACUCUUGAUAUUACAGCCCAUGCUGGCUACCUGCCCUCACAUAUGGCAGUUAUUUACGUUGACACUAUUGGGUUUCUGACGGAUCUUCCACAUAAUCUGGUUGAGUCCUUUUCAGCUACUUUAGAAGAAGUGGCUUACUCAGAUCUGAUAGUUCAUGUAAGGGAUAUUACUCAUCCGGAAACCGUCCUUCAGAAAGCAACUGUUCUGUCAGUUCUGAAGAAUCUUAAUCUUCCCAGCCAUUUAUUGGACUCGAUGGUGGAAGUUCAUAACAAAGUGGAUUUGACAGAAAGGUAUAAACCCACUGAAGAAAAUGCUUUAGCCAUUUCUGCUCUACAUGGACAUGGUUUAGAAGAGCUGAAAGAAGAAAUAGAGAAAAAAAUUUUGACAGCAACAGGGAAGAAGAUUCUGACAGUUAACGUCAACUUAGAGGGACCUCAGCUAAGUUGGCUCUAUAAAGAAGCAACAGUUCAGGAAGUAGAAGUCAUGCCUGAAGAUGGCACAGCCAGGGUGAAGGUGAUAAUUGGCAAUUCUGCUUUUGGCAGAUACAAAAACCUCUUUCCUAACAGUAAGAUUUUUAUGCCAUGAAACUGCAUCCUUUUCUAGGAAAAGAACCUGAUCUCAUUAAAAGGAUGUGAAAUGAAGUUAAUGACCUGUUAGACUGGGUGUUGAAGAGCAUAUUUCUUCCCUUGUUGAUGUUUUUGAUGCAUUUUAGAAAUGGACACUGUUUCAGAAAACUUCUGUUUGAAGUGCAAAGCUCUUGCUGUUUCCAUUCUGUCAGCAAGUGCAAGGACAGAACUAAAUUUUUGAUGUUAAAACAGUUGUUGGCUCUAAGGUGUGGUCCUCAAACACAUGGAAAUCACUGGAUGGCAGCAUCUGAAUUAACAUUCAGAAAAGUACCAAGUUUUUUAUAUCAUAUAAAUAAAGCUUUUUACCCUAUGUUUCAGAAUAAAGUAAUAUUUAAGGUCCGUGGAGAAAGUUAGUGAACAAAAUGUUGUUGGCUGUAUAUAAAUAAUACA